AUGCUUAGAAAAGCUGAAGAAGAGUUGAAGCGGAAGGCCGAGGAAGAGGAGACUGCUAAGGCUCUUCGGGAUUUUGAAGCCACGUUCCAACAAUCUAGUAAACUUGAUCGUGCUUGGGUUAAAGGAGGUGUCGUAAAUCCUAUUAUCGGUAAAAAGCCCGGCCAGGGUAAGAAGAUGUCGAAUUUGGAGUUGUUCAAAGAGGAACUAAAAAGCAUCCAGCAGCAACGCGAACAGCGCCAUCAACUAAGACAACAAAACCGUGCUAAAGGUGUCCCAGACGCUAAAAUGCCGCCCGAACUGCCCCCAUCUGAACUAUCCCUCGAGUAUGAUGAUAUGGACAGGCGGAAUCGAAUGCGGGAAUUUGGAUAUCCUUAUGACGAGGAUGCAGACAAGUCCACAACAAAUCUCUUCUUAGGGAAUUUGUGUCCACAGAUGACAGAGCAACAAUUGUGUGAGAUUUUCGGACGAUAUGGCCCUUUGGCCAGCGUAAAGAUUAUGUGGCCGCGCACCGAAGAGCAGCGUGCUGUGGCCAGGAAUUGUGGAUUUGUUGCCUUCAUGAAUCGUGUUGAUGCUGAACGCGCCCUGGAAAAUCUCAGAGGCAAAGAACUACUGGGAUACGAGAUGAAGUUGGGUUGGGGCAAGACGGUACCGAUCCCUGUGUAUCCCGUCUACAUUCCUCCCCCUCUGCUCGAACUCAUCAAGCCCCCGUCACAGUCGGGUUUGCCCUUCAACGCUCAGCCGCGUGAGUGGCUCAAAUCCCUGCGUUCAUCGAUCAAGGAGCGAGCCAAACUCGUCACCGAUGCGAUCGGCAAUGGUGACUCUCCUGCUCCCACCAUUCCCCCUGCUCCAGAUCGAUUCCCCUACAACAUUCACACGAUGGGAAAAGAAAAUUUUGCCGAGGUGUUGCAGGAAGCGGUCGUGAAAGUUGUUAUACCCACGGAUAGAACUAUGCUAGCCACUAUUCAUCGGCUGAUUGAGUUCGUUGUGCGCGAAGGACCCCAAUUUGAGGCAGCUAUUAUGCACAGGGAAGAAAAAAAUCCGCAAUACAAGUUUCUAUUCGACUACCAGACCCCGGAGCACUUGUACUAUCGAUGGAAACUCUGGUCUAUCCUCCACGGUGAAUCAGUCAAUAAGUGGAGUCUGGAUGAGUUCCGCAUGUACGAGGGUGGUCCGCUGUGGAGACCGCCACCAGUCAACUUCUUCACCAACGGAAUGCCCGAAGACCUGGUCGAAGAGGCCGACUACCCCUUCGCUCCGGGCUACACCGUCGGUCGAAACGACGAUCUCAUCGAUCCGGACACUCGUGAUGAUGCCAUCCGUCGUGGUGGUGGAGAUAGAGGCGGCGGUGGCGGCACGGGCCUGACUGAGGCCCAACGCGGUCGUUUGUCCGUGUGGAUCAACGAUCUUGAACCGUCUCGGGCCCAGGUCGGUGACGUGAUGCACUGGUGUCUGGAACACGCCGACGCCGCCUUUGACGUCGUCGAUCUCAUCGCCAAGUCUCUCAAGAGGCCGCCAACAAGCGAUGACAAGGAGGAGGCCUCGAAACGCCACAGUCACAAGGAGGUCGGUGUUGAUGAUGACAACGACGACGACGACGGAGACGCCUUGACGGUGAAACCAGCCACGUCCAUUCAGGCCGUCGUGGCACGCCUCUACCUCACGUCGGACAUCCUCUACAACUCUGGUGCCAAAGUACCGAAUGCCUCCUACUACCGACGGUGGCAACAAAAGGUGAUGCUGUGUUUCCGUGCGUGGGAGGACUGGGCCAUCUAUCCCAACGACUUUCUCAUUCAACUGCAGAACGUCUUCCUCGGUCUCACGCCCAAUGUAAGCUUCCAGUUGUCUGCUAGCGUAGUAGCUUUUUUCAAAGUCAUUCCGGAAAUCUUGAUCACCUUCUGCUUGAACUGCAAUCGUAUUCCCAAACCAAAGAUUAUCGAUUUUCGAUCAAACAUUCCUCGAUUAUUUCAGGUGAACACGAAGACGUCAGGCGACGAAGAUGACGCUGUUGGCGUGCCCCUGGAAUCCGAGACCACGACAAAACCCACCGGCAUGACCGCAGUGACCUCGAACGUGGAGUCGCUAGACGGUGCUCCACUCGUUCAAUACGACGGUGACCCUCUGGAUGUCGAUGGCAGCCCAUUGGCUAGCGGUGGUGGCGACGCAGACGACGACGACGACUUCGAGGGCGUACCCCUUGAUACCGGAAAAACGCCACCUCUGGAGUCCACAAAGCCCUCUGCUCCAGCCCCUCUGUUUGUACCCAGCAAGUGGGAGUCCAUAGAUCCUAGCAAAGCCGCCGAAGAGGCAGUCACGUCGAAUCGAUGGGACCUUUUCGCCGACGAUGACGGACGUUCUCAGCCAAAGGAGACUCCCGGAUCCUCAUCCACCGCACAGAAUGAUCCUACUGAAAACGACGAGGACGUCGACGGAAAGCCCCUGGACGGUUUCGGCGCAGCGGGAUUGGGUCUUGUUGCCUACGAUGACGACGACGCCCUCUCGCCUCCAUCUCCACCCCCCAACACCGCUGCGAACGAGCCCAUGUCCGAUUCCCGACGCCAGGCUCUGCGUGAAAUCGAGGUAAAGGUGGUCAAAUACCAGGACGAACUGGAAGCCUGUCGAAAGAAGGGUGAAUCAGCUGUUUCCGACGAAGCGAUUGCCAAGCAAGUCGAGCGUUUCCGUGAGCGUCUGCUGGAACGUCUGGGAGAGUCCAAGGACUCGAGUCCCUCUCCCACUCACAAGAUCUCCAAGUCCGCAUCGGGCAGCAAGUCAUCCAAGUCGAAACCCUCGUCUUCCUCUUCCGCCUCCAAUACCACGAGGCGUCACCAUGGCAGCAGCAGCAAGCGCCACGGCGGACAUUCGCCACCACGAUCGACUCGUUCCUCGCGAAAACGAUCCUCCAACCCCCCGAGUGACUCCGAGUCUUCGGUGCCGUCCACGGAGAAGCGCUUCAGAGACGACGCGCCAGAGCCCCGCGAGGAGGGAGAAGCCUCUGACGAUGAUGCUGGCAGUGUUCCGGGCCAGCUGAAACGCGCCAAGCAUCGCGAAGAUGAGGGUCGUCAUCGCGAUCGAUCGCCACGUCGGUCGCGCCGUUCUCGCUCCCGGACACCAUCUCCCUCACGCAGACGCAGCGCCGGAGGUGCUGGCACGCCCAGUCGUUCCUCGCAGAAACGGAAGUGA